AUGGCGAAUAAUGAGCCGUCGGUCGAGCAGGAAGCCGAGAGGCAGUUGAACCCGAUAGCCUGCAGCCAUUGCCGACAACGAAAACGCAAGUGCGAUAGAAACUUAGGCCUUCCCAUUGGAUUCAUAACAAGACUAGAAGCACGCCUAGCUGAAACGGAAGAAGCUCUUUUCAGUCUCGUCCAAUCCAUCGAAGACCCCGAAAACAACCAAAUCUCACUCAAGCCCUCAUCUCAAAGAAAGGAUGGCCGUAUAAGAGAAUGGGAUAAUCUUCCCCUCAAAGAUUUUGGAGACGUGAAAGUGUGGUAUCGCAACAGAGCAGGGCUGAGCGAUUCUUCGACUGUGCAGGAUGACACGAUGGAACUGGACCUGGAUCAACAAGAAGCAUCUAUUCGCGUAGCACCAAGCGAUGCAGAUCCUGUUGAGUUCACUGACGAUAUUCAAAGCAGCUCAGGUAUUGAGAUUUCCCAGCUAGAUCCAGAAGAUAAUGAUAUCCCGAGAGGUGAAAAUCAGAAUCCUGUAGUAUCUGAGGGAAGCAAGGCUAGGGAGAUGGAACAAAAACAUCCACACAUGUACUUCUGA